CGCCGCUGACGUCAGAGGGCCAUGGCGGCGGCGGCGUUGGAGCCCUGGCAGGCUGCGGCCCCGCGCAGGAAAAGGCGCUCGGCGGCGCGGCGUCCGCGAGGGAGGGAGGCGGCGGCGGGGGGCCUGGAGGCCGAACCAGAGACGGACGGCCGAGUCGUGCUUCGUCGCAUCCGGGAGGCCCGGGAGGACCUGCUUCUCUCUGAUUUCUGGAGUCUGGCCCUAGAAACCAUCAACGGCUGUCUGACGAAACAUCUGGAACAACUGAAGGCCCCAGUGGGGACUCUCUCGGAAGUCUUUGGAAACCUGCAUCUCAACUCCUCGCCAGAUGAGUCGGAUGCGGCCCCCUGCUGCCUCCCAGGAGAGACCCUGGUGCCGGGAACCUGCCGUCUGAAGUGUGUAUGCUACGGUCUUGGGAACUUUGCCACCUGCGUCAUGGCUAGAAACCAGCUAACGUUUUUGCUUCUCUUCCUGGAAAAGUGCCAGAUUCCCAGAAGGCACUGCUGGGUGUACGACCCUGUGUUUAGCCAACUAGAAAUUGCAGUUCUGAAUAGCCUCGGUGUGAUUGUCCUCAGUGAGAACGAGGAGGGAAGACGCAGCGUGUGGGGCGAGCCCACCGUCUUUUACAUGCCCCACUGCGGGACGGCCCUGUACAACAACCUCCUGUGGAGCAACUGGUCGGUAGACGCCCUUUCCAAGAUGGUCGUCAUCGGGAACAGCUUCAGGGGCCUUGAGGAAAGGUUGCUGGCAAGGAUUCUGCAGAAAAAUUAUCCCUACGUCUCAAAGGUUUUGCAGGGACUGGAGGAGCUUGGGCUGCCGGAGACGCCACAGUACGCGGAUGUAUUCAACGACACCUCCGUCCACUGGUUCCCUGUACAGAAGUUAGAACAGCUCCCCAUGGACACGUGGGCAUUUCGGGAAGAACCAGACUAUGGGGACUGUGAGGACCUUGAAAUCAUCAGGAACAAGACAAGAGGUCCUUCGGCAGCUGACCUGAAGUCACCAUGACACGGUGCCAGCCGAGGCAGAAGCAACUGCGGAGAGGACGGGGGAGGCUCCACGGAGGGAGUGCCGACAGCCCCCUUUUGCAGUGGGCCAGAUUGCAGAGCACUGGGAAUAUUCCAUUCGGUUCUCCCCCUUAGACGAGGACGUGCUGUGGAAGGGCUCAGCAUAAAGAUGCACCUCCUGA